UUUUUUUUCCUCACUCUUUCUCUCUCUCUCUCUUUUUUUUUUUCUUUUUCUUUCCAUACAUUUAUUUACACAUAAAAAUUAUGGACCCUAAUUUAACAGGAACUCCAUCAUCACUUAUAAAAGAAGAUCCUAUUUACUAUGAUGCAUGCCGUACAGGCUGCAGUUUGGUUCAAACUACAGGAGAGUACUUCUCCGCUAUUAAUGAACUUAAAGAAACCAUGGAACGUGAACGCGUAACUAGUAGCAUCAAUACUUGUCUUCAAAACAUUGUUAUUCUUUAUGAACGCAUUGUUGCAUCCGCUCAGAUGAUUAAUUCAUCUUACCCCUACAUCCAAAACAAAGAAAACCGAUUUGCCUUAGUAGCUGCUGCACAAUCAUCCACAUCAGCAGCUCUUAAUGCCCUCAUCAGUCUUGAAGAGUCUCUCAAUAAACUCAAUCCUUCUGCAAACACUAAACGUAAUCAAGAAUUCAAAAAAAUAAAAAAUGAUAUACUUGCACUGAUUAAUGUGGGCGAUGUUGACUUUUCGCAUGCCAUUAAACGUAUGGAUCCCACUGAAACCUCACUUAUGAACAAUAACGCUGACACAACUUGCCUCAAAUUAGUUUUGAAAAAGAAGAUACAAGAGAAUGAAGAUCUGCGGCAAAUGCUUGAAGGCCAAAUAUUUGUUUUUGAAAGAGAAAGAGAUGAAUUUCGGAGGGAAAAAAAUGAGCUUGAGAGGGAAAGGAGCGAGAUCAAGAAGCAGCGUUUUGAGGAACCAAUGGUUAAAAGCCUUGAACAACAAAUUAAAUUGUUGAACGAGGAUAAGACGCAAUUAGGUGCCCGUAUCCAUGAGUUUGAAGAGUUGCGACGUCACUAUAGGACCCGCCAAAUAAUCACAUUAUCAGCAGCGCAAUUUUUACAAACUUUUGAAAAUACAGUUAACCAUUAUGCAAAACUUUAUAAAGGAUAUACAUUUGAGACGGUUUGGAGGAAUAUGUUGGUUUAUGCCGCGCCUCAAAACCGUCAACAAUGGAUCCAAGAAAAUAUCGUGGCGAAAAGAUUAUCAUGGGAUAAGGCAAAGGAAUUAUAUAUGAAUACAUUUCCUGAGCCUACCCAUACGCUUGUCGCCAUGACUUCUCCUUCUUUGCCUACUUCUUCCUCUCCUGCUUCUACUUCUACUUCUGCUUCUACUCCUGCUCCUAUUCCUAUUCGUACCAAUACCAACUUCAAAGUUGACCAAAAAAGCCUGUUGACAAAACGUGAACAGCGCGUGGCCAACUUUGCAGAGAAAUUAUUUUCCGCUAAAAUGGUGUAUCAAGAAAAUAUUUCCAAGUAUAAUAAAAAAUUCAUCGAUGCCUGCAAGUUGGCUAAGAUGGAUUUAAGCGAUGAAAUGUUGAUGAAGAGAUACAAGAAGUCUUUGCUGCCAGAAUAUAGUGCAGCAUUAGAAAGGUAUAUUCAACAAAAUAAUCCGAUCAUUACGGAUAUAACUGAUAUGACAACCUUAGCCGAAAUUGCAAAUAAUUCAUAUAAUAAUAAUAAGAGGAAAAGAAUUAAGCUUUUAGAGCAUAAGCAUACUAAACGUUUAUGAAAAAACAAAAAGAACAAUAUUUAUACACAUCUAGAUACAUACAUAUAUGUGUAUGUGUAUGUGUAUGUGUAUAAUUUAUAUUAUAC